AUGGCGUUGAUUGAUCUUGGACCGCUUACGGAAUCAUCGCACACCCGAUAUGCGAUUCAUUUAUCAAAUGGGAAACGACUCGUCUUAUUCCGCUUGCCCAGGAUCGCGUCAUCGGAGUCGCGACCAAUGGCCCCCAACGAGACGGAAGAUGGCUGGAUCUACUAUGCCAUGGAGGCGGAAUGCCCUCAUGCCGGCGGGCCCAUGACAGAAGCUCAUGUAGACAUCGAAGAUUCGGCCUACGUCGCUUCAUGCCCAUGGCAUGCAUAUGACUUCAACGUAGAGACUGGAGAGUCCAGUUACGGCAUCAAGACAUGUACCUUCCCGGUCAUUGUGCAGCAUGGCAAAGUCAGCCUGAAGAUAGCCACCAAAGAGAACGUGGAACUCUCCAGGCUGGAGCCCGUGAGCGACCAGGUCAAGUUCAAGCACGGCCCAAGAGAGACCGCCGCAGAGUCUCCGGUGUACCUGGACGACAAUGCCACCAUGUGUGAAUGGUGUGUGCACAUCUUGAAGACCUCUAACCCCGAGCAUAAGAUUGAACUCACUACUCAUCUGUUUUCCCUAUUCGCUACCAAAGAGCAGUCACCGUCACCCAUGAGACUGGGAAUCGGUGUCAUAGCACCCGAUGAACCUGUACGGGAAGAGCAGAGCAAAGUCGAGCCGUGGCAGAUACCAAAAGCUGGCAAAGGUGGCACCCUCAAGAGCAGAAUUGCAAUGCUCCAUGCUCUAGCCAAUAUCGAGCAGUGGGCAAUCGAUCUCGCAAUUGAUAUAUGCGUGAGAUUCGCAACCUUUCAUACCAUGGCACCCUCGCAGGAUUUGUCCCGGGAGCUGCCGCGGACAUUUUAUUAUGACUGGCUAAAAGUAGCCAACGACGAAGCGAAGCACUUCUCCCUCCUCCGUGCUCGACUCGAAGAGUUGGGCAGCCACUUCGGAGCUCUUCCAGUCCACCAUGGCCUUUGGGAGUCGGCAGCAAUGACUGCUCACGAUCUUCGGGCGAGGAUAUCCAUUAUUGCUCUGGUCCACGAAGCGCGGGGUCUUGACGUGAAUCCCAUGACGAUAGAGAAGUUUCGCAAGGCCAAUGAUAUGGAAAGCGUCGAUUCCCUGAAUGUCAUCCACAACGACGAGAUCACACAUGUGACGACCGGUCAUCGAUGGCUGACCUGGAUAUGCGAACAAGAACAUACCGAUCCGGUUCACGUCUUUCGGAGCAAUGUCCAAAGGUAUUUCAAGGGUGCUGUUAAGGGACCAUUCAACGCGGAAGCGAGAGCGCAAGCUGGGAUGGACAAACGGUAUUAUGAGGGCCUCGGCGGACAUUCAUCGAAAGCAAAUAUCAUCGCGGGUGGUUGA